AUGCAACAAGUCUACUUUGCCCAACUCCAGGAGAAAGCUGCAAGCGCAGGCAAAUGGCCUCUGAAAUGGUAUGCACCUGAGUGUAUCUACUACUUCAGAUUUGAUUCCAAGUCGGAUGUUUGGAGCUAUGGAAUCACGCUCUGGGAAGUAUUCUCCUAUGGUGAAAGACCCUAUAAGCUUCCCCCAUGA